CAAGUGAUUAAAUUUAAAUUUAAUUGUUAACAAUUUAACUUUACUCUGCUUCCCUCUAUUGGUUAAUCAGUAAACUAAUUUUAAAUUUUAAAUUGUUCUUCGAUGAUUAAAAGUUAUAUUAAUCAACAAUUUAAUUCUAAAUGAAAAGAUGAAACCUAAAUAAUCCCAAUUCAAUCGUAAUUGCAAUUAACUCGUUAAUUAACUCAACUACCUUAAGUAGAUAUGGAGAUUAGGGGAUUCGAAAUGAUUUAGAAUAUAAAAAAAAACCGAAAUUCCAACUAAUCAUAACUAAUUGCCAUCGAUGAUGAAAUAGAUGAUUAAAGAUGUUGAUAUUUAAUUAACUAGAUUAAUCAAGUAAAUUAAUCAGCUAAAUGUGAAUGUCAAUAUAACCCUUGUAUUCAAAUUGAGACAAUGAGUAAAUACUCAGAUAUAUUCAACGGAAUCAUUGAUUUGAAAUCUAAUCGGAUGAUGGUGAUCAUUAUCAUCCAUGAUGAUGAUCAUGAUCAUCAUCCUUAUCAUCAUGAUUAUGAUGGUAACCUUGAUUGCGACGUCUCAUUAACAGAGUAUAUAAAUGAGAAUCUAUCAACUCCAACCAGAAUUAACUCCCAGUUGAUAUAAACGAUAAGUUGGAAAUAUAAUUUUUCUUAAAUUGUGACUGAUUAAAUGAUGUAAAUGAAUCUUUGAAAAGAAGAAAAAAUAAAACAAAAUGAGUGAACAAUUAACUGGAUUAAAUGAGACUUUGAAACAAUUUGCAUCUUCUCUCGAAGGUGUCGACCUUGACGAGGCCAUUUCGCUGUUCGAUCGUAUCUUCGAACCCAAAACGGAAUUAACCUUACUGAUAAUCUAUUUAACUUUAUUAACUCUUGGUUUCGUUUCCAAUGGAAUCAUAAUUAUCCUUUUUUGUUUAACUAAUUUCAAUCAACGGGAACCUCGAAGUUUAUUGUUCAUCAAUCUCGCUCUUUCCGAUGCGAUCUAUUGUUUAGCCUUUUGCCCUUUCACCUUACACAAUAUCCUACGGAAAAGUUGGCCUUUCAAUGAGCUUCUGUGUAAAAUAGUACCAACUUUUCAAGGUAUUUUAGUUUUUGUAUCAAGCGGAAUCGUGACAACGAUCAGUGUCCAACGGGCUUGCAUAAUAACUGGAAUCUGUACCAAUCGGAUUAACAUAAUCUCAUCAAAUAAAAGUCAACAAUCAGCAAGUAAAAGUAAAACAAAUUCAACAAUUACCUUACCAGCCUUUUCAUCAUCCUCAUCAUCUUCAUAUUCAUCUUCAUCAUUAUCGAUAACACCACUUUGGCCAUCAUCGGCUUCGUGUUCAUCUUUAAGCCAAUGGCUAAGGUCAGAUAUCGUUUUGGUCACUUUAAUCUGGAUAAUUUCAAUCCUCUUAUCAUCACCAAUAUUUAUUUACCAAACCAUAAGUCACAUUGAACUGACCAGUGUUCACACGAUAACAAUUUGCGGUGAAAUUUGGCCUCGACAUGGUCGCACUUAUUACACUUUAGCACUGUUACUUAUCCAAUGGGUUUGUCCAUUGGUUACGAUGACCAUUUGCCACCAUAAAGUUGACACUUUUCUCCGUCGGCACAUUCAAACUCGAGUUCGUCUAAUGUGUUUCAACGAUAUGGACUCAAAGCAAAAGGGUAACUUGUUUUACUCUAAAUUAGUGUCAAACAUUUUGAACAAACGCGACAUUAAGGACAAAUUAAGACGAAACUCGAAAGUGACCCGAACUCUUUUCAAAAACACCAUUAUUUUCGGUUCGAUUUGGUUACCAAUCAAUCUAACUAAUAUCUAUUCUGAUCUUGCUGACCAAUCAACGGUUCUCAAUCAACUCUCACCGACGACAAUUUAUUUUACUCAAGCAAUUAGUCAGACAAUUGCGAUAUUGUCACCAAUUUGUAAUGCUUACCUUUAUUUCUGGUCCAAUACGAAUACAAGGAAACAAGUUAAAAAAUAUUAUCUUUUCAAACGAUUAACUAAAUCAAAUUGUUUCCAUUGAAAAGUUUGAUUGUUAAUCACUAAUUCAUCUGAUAGAUUAGAGUCUAACUUGUAAAUUUGAUUAAUAUUUUACUGUUACUAUUAAUAAUAUUUUUCUCUCUCUCUCAAUUUCAACAAUUAAAUUAAACUUUAUCAACAAAACUGUGUAAGUCCCAAAUCAAUGAUAAUUGUUACAAUUAACUGGUUAAUUGAUACUUAAACUGUAUAUAUAUCAAACAGAGUAAAUUGUUAAUCAUCUUGACUGCUAAUUGAAAUUUAAUUUGAAUGAAAAUGUAAAAAACCAAACUAUUGAUCAAAUUGUAAAACAAAAUUAACGUAACAAUCAAAAGCCUUAAUAAA